UCGGACUUUUCUUCUCUCCUGUGAAAGCGAUGUUUCAUACGUUCAGUGAUGCCUCUGCAGCCCAGAGACGGAGCGAUAUACUGUGGAAAGAUACUACAGUCUAUGGGACCUUACAAUCCAAAUGACGUCUUUUAUGACCAAUCUCAAUUUGUAUUAAUUUCAAGGCAAAGAAGGACUUUUUCAGCGACAUUCAGAGGAUCGUUGUCGAAUCAACUGACGGAUUGCCAGUCCACUGUGUUGCCAAGGUAGAGAAAUGUGCACUCACAAAGGACGAGGAGGCUGGAAUUAAAGCACAGGAGAGAAAAAAAAUGAGACAAUAAAAAGAGCCAGUUUUGGGGCCUGUGACUUCCUGUGGCAGCAUUUGGAUGCGCACGUCAGCCUGACUACGAUGACAAUGAAAAGCCUUUCCAGCAACCGCAGUCACCACCACCACAGUGACUCCAUGACGAUGGGGCGCUCAGAUCGUCGCUCCUACUUCCUCAACCCUGGGGAGACUCAUCCUGCAGACCACGCCUGCUACACCCAAUGCAACACCUUCCAGUCUGAGUGUGGUGCUUAUCCUGAUCUUGCCAGCUGUACCUUUCCCCGCAGACAUUACAACUCCCACCAUGAGCUAAAGGAGGAAUGUGGUGCUGUGGUGCCUUAUGUAGGGCCAACAGUGAGUUGUAAGGGAAGUGGAGGAGGUGGAGGAAACAACCACAUCCCUUCUAACCUGCUAGAGCAAUUUGAGCACCAGGCACCAGUGCGGCGUGAAGGGUACCACACACUGCAGUACAAGCACACUGCGUUAGAGCAUCAACGCAGUGACAGCCCUGGUCGAAUCCGCCACCUUGUUCACUCUGUCCAGAAACUUUUCACCAAGUCCCACUCUCUGGAGGGGCCCUCAGGGUCUGGCGGAGGAGGGAGUGGGAGGAUGAAUGGAAGCAAAUCCAGUCCUGAUGACCCUCCAUCAUCCUCUGGUACUCUGAAGCACAGCAAGCGCAGUAAGAGCAAAGACCGCUCCAAGUCCGAGCCUAAGAUGCACACAGCCAUCUCAGGAUACUGGAGCUCAGAUGACACACUCGACCGAGAGGUAUGCCUGUACCACCAUCAUCAUGGGGGUGGCACUGGAGGCCUGCCCUCUGGGGUCAUGACUAUGGGGCGCCGCCCUGACAAAUCCCAGUCGCAGUACUUCGUGGAGUCCUAUAACACUAUCAGUGCCCACUCUCUCAAGACAUCACGCAGCAACAAUGAUGUGAAGUGCUCAACGUGCUCUGGGGCCAGCAGUGGAGGACUGCCAUUGGUGGACACGUUGGACAGCCAAGUGCAGCUUAAGAAGAGCUCGUGGUCUUCUACUCUGACAGUGAGCAGAGCAAGAGAGGUCUACCAGAAGGCCUCAGUCAACCUAGAUAAAGCUCUAGUGAAAGCUGAGCAGGGACGCACCUGCCACUUCUUACAGGUGCCUCAGGAUGACUGGAGUGGUUUCUCUCCACUGGGGAAGGAUGACGAGAUCCCAUGCAGGCGAAUGCGCAGUGGAAGCUAUAUCAAGGCCAUGGCAGAAGAAGACAGCGGCGACUCAGACUGCAGCCCUAAGCCCUCGCCUAAGGCUCAGGCACGGCGGGCCAGCUACUUGAAGGCAACGCAGCCGUCCCUCACAGAGAUGACGACACUCAAGAUUUCCACAGAACACUCGCCCAAGCUGCAGAUCCGAAGUCACAGCUAUUUGCGGGCGGUGAGUGAGGUUUCCAUCAACAGGAGUCUGGACAGCUUGGACCCAGCAGGGCUACUGGCCUCACCUAAAUUCCGCUCAAGAAAUGAGAGCUACAUGAGAGCCAUGAGCACCAUCAGCCAGGUGAGCGAGGUGGAGGUGAACGGGCAGAUUGAGGCUGUGUGUGAGUCGGUGUUUAGUGAGAUGGAGUCACAAGCGGUGGAUGCCCUGGACCUGCCCGUGCCUGGCUGCUUCCGCAUGCGGAGCCACAGCUAUGUGCGUGCAAUAGAGAAAGGCUGCUCACAGGAAGAGGAGGAGGGUGGUGUCUUGGUGGGCAAUGGAAGGACAAAUUCUCCCCCACGCUCAACUACCACUGUCAGAACCAUCCAGAGCAGCACAGUGUCAUCAUGCAUCACCACCUACAAGAAGACACCACCCCCAGUCCCACCACGAACCACCCCAUCCAAACCCUUCAUAUCCAUCACGGCCCAGAGCAGCACUGAGUCCGCCCAGGAUGCCUACAUGGAUGGGGGCUGUGGCCCACGGACGGGCAUCAGCUCCCAACCUGGCCUGUCCAACUCCAUGGAGAGCAUUGACAGCAUGAAGGCCCUGACAGCAGCCAUAGAGGCAGCUAACGCUCAGGUGCAUGGCCCCCCCAGCCAGCACGUCACCAACAGUACCAUCACUAUCACUGCCACCGCCACCACCUCCGCUGUCGCACAUGUCUCCGCAGACAGCAAGGCGCAGAGGGAAGCACUCCGCAAGUGCCUCUCCAUAGGGAUCCAGGUGGACCCAGAGGACAGAGAGCCAACAGACGAGCAGUCUAAAUUCCAGUCAGUGGGAAUUCAGGUGGAGGAUGAGCGAUGUCACCGCAGGAUGACCCGGUCCAACAGCGUAACCACAGCUGUGCAGGCUGACCUUGACGACCCCACAGACGCCCCAGAGCUGCUACUAUGUCACUGUGCUACCAUACCACGCCAGCAAUCCAGCGAUGCUGCCACUUCUACUGUCAGUAUCCAAGGCUCUGGGAACCACUACCACGCCUGUACUGGAGAUGACUACGGAGAGGUGGGGUUUGACCCGUCUAUCCUGCCCCCUCCAGACCCCUGGAUGGACAGUGCAACUGAGCCAGAUGUGGAGGCUUCGGAGGCCGUCGGCCGAGCAGUGUGUCCCCGUGAUGGCCGCUGGUUCCUCAAGUUGCUGCAGGCUGAGACGGAGCGUAUGGAGGGCUGGUGCAGACAGAUGGAGCAGGAUGAAAAGGAGAAUGAGCUGCCAGAUGAGAUCCUGGAGAAGAUCCGCAGUGCAGUGGGGAGUGCCCAGCUGCUGAUGUCCCAGAAGUUCCGGCAAUUCCGGGAGCUGUGUGAGGAGAAUCUGAAUCCAAAUGCACAUCCACGGCCCAUCUCCCAGGACCUGGCAGGUUUUUGGGACAUGCUCCAGCUGUCAAUUGAGAACAUUAGUCUGAAGUUUGAUGAACUCCACCAACUCAAAGCCAACAACUGGAAACCUCUGACCCCCCCAGAAAUUCAGCAGAGAAGGAUACCCCCUCCUGUGCCAAAGAAGCCCCAGAAGGGCCACCCUCCCCUGGCUAGGGAUCGUUCACUGGAAAGUUCUGAGCGCCAGCGUCUAGAAGCUCGCAAACGCCUGCUAGCAGCCAAACGUGCCGCAUCAGUUCGGCAGAGCUCAGCUACAGAGAGCCCAGACAGUAUCGAGAUCUAUAUCCCCGAGGCUCAGACCAGACUAUGAGACUUGCAACAUAUGUACCUACAUUCGUGCCCAGUACUACAUGUCCCGUACACAAUAGCACUGAAUGGUAAGAAUAGGGUACUGACAUUAUAUAACCAAAUUUUUACAGACUCCCCAGCUCACUGUGGGGUCAGUCUUGAUGGAAGUUGUACAAACAAGACAUGUACGUUUACAGUAUUUAUUUAUUUAUGUAUUAACCCAUCUCCCUUUCCUCAUUUCCUUCUCCCAGCUUUGAUGUAGCACUCCCCCUUUUUCUUGUAUCAAUACCUGUCCAUCACUCCCAAAGAUAUAAAUCACUUUUUAAGUGACCUGAUAUUACAAAGUAAGCCAAGUGUAGCACAGCUUCACAUUAAUGUUUCAGGAGCUGAAAAUUACAAGAAAAGGCAGAAACAUGCUAAACACACAUAUAUAAAUCAAAUAGAGGUGAUCUGUUGGAUAAUACUUAUAUUUAUUAAGUUGAUUUUAUAUUUUUGAUCAAAAUCUCGCGGUCUGAAAUCUUUGUUUUUAAUAACGGGCUCUAAAAUGGGUCUUUUCAGCGGCAGGGGUCGACUCUGUCCGGAUAAGGCAAAGUGGUUUUUGAGGCAGGCGUAGAAUUUGUGUGCAAAUCACUGAAAGAAUCACUGUUCUCAAAUGCCACAAACCUAAUCUGUGUGUGUAAGAGAGAGAAAGCGUAUGUGUCUGUGUGUGAUGUUCAACAGAUGUUCAACUCAGAAGUGCUUCCUAUUUUUCUAGGUCUUAAAAGUCCUAGUUGAAAAUGUAUUAUGAUAGUAGCAGUAUUAACAAAUUGUAAACAACCCACCCAUCUUGUCUCCUUUUAAACUGAGCAAAACAUGUUUGUAUAAAGGAUAUAUAAUGACAUGGCAUGCAUGCUGACACAAAGUAACUGAUAUUUUUGUCUUUUAUAAUCCUUUCUCAUGUUACGUUCAAGCUUCCCAGUGGUAGUUGUACUAUAUUUUAUUAUGUCAUAGUUUUAUUGACCGUAUUGAGACUAAAGGACUGAAAAAGAACUCUUUUCUCCUCACUGUGCGUGCACUAUCUCUGCCUCCUAAUGAAGCAAUUAUUUGAAGAUCAUACAAAGGACAAAUUUCUAAUAUUUUGUAUUCGCUUUUAAUUUACUGAUUAGGAGAACAAUGACUGUUUGACAUUGUGAUUAUUAUUAUGCACUGACAACCAGGCCCUUAUACUGUGUUAACUCUUUAUUUAUGUUUGUUCUUUAGCAUCACAGGUACUUUUUGUCUUUUCUGUUUUGAUAAUCAGCCUUAAUUUCUAAUAUGGUAGUCGAGCACAACACUAGUCUCAGGGGAAGAUGUGUGCAUGUGUGUGUCUGUGUGUGUGAAGAUGAGAAAAGCAGAGUGUGAUUGUGUGUGACCCAUGGUUUUUGUAUAUAACACCUGUCACCAGGAUAGGCCAUGAUGUUAAAUACAGGAACUAGACUCCGUGCCAUUUUGCAAAUGGUCCAAACAUGUCAGCCCUACUUACUUCAGCGUAACAAGGUAUUUUCUGUCUGCUGCUUGACUGUGGAGACAAUCCCAAGCCAGUGUGUUUUUGUUUUGAUAACAGAAUAGCAGGAUUUUGGUGUGUUAGUCCAACUAUUUGUAUUGAUCUGGCAAAGUUUUGUGCCAUUGGAUAAUUAGGAUAUAUUCCUAAAAUUUGUCCCUAUUGAAUGUUACCUGAAGAUUUUGCAUAGAGACAUUUAUAUAUGAAGGAUCUCGAGUGAUGACGAAGUUAAAAUAUGAUUUGUGUUUCCUUAAACUGGUCGAGACAUGUUUUAGAGACGGUGCAUAAAAAUAGUUCAAACUUAAUUCCACUUACUGUAAAUGAAGCUCUUUUUAGUAUUUUUGACUUUGGAACUUAAAUUUGAAUUUAAAUGUCAAAUGAUUGACUUCUUCUUUAUGUUUAUUAUAUUAACAUAUCACUGUAAUACCCCUGGUAUAGCAGGAGGUUAGAAACCAGAAUGCUGAGUUGUGGUUAACUGCUAAACUCAAAAGAUACAGUCCUAGCAAUUCUGAAGCUUGUGAUGUAGUUUAACAGAAAACAUUCAAAUAAACAGUUGUACAUAAGUAAAUGUUUCCCUAUGUAAAUGUAAACUAUAACCCAAUCAAAUAACAUAUUAAACAGAUAAACAUUUUGUAAUUAAUGUUAUUACACUGUUGAUGUUAUGGCAUGUGUCCAGGCUCUUAUCAGCAUUAAAAAAAAUAUUAUUGCCAUAAUUCAGCUGUGUUCUUUUCUUCCCGGCCUUUACAUGUGUUUACAAUUAGAAUAUAAUUAAACGGAUUACAAGGCCUGCGUGGUCUGUUUUAAGGCAUUUCCCUUCCACAGGGUGGGUCCCCAUAAUUAGACAGCACUUUUGGCCUUGGUUUAACCUCGGUGCUCUUGUACAUGUAGCUUCUAGUGAUUCGCCAUUCACUCAUCAGUCAUGCUGAGGGCCGGCAUGCCGAUCUGAGUGGCUGAAGCUCGGGGGUGGGGGAAGUAAAGAGGGCAUUGCGGAAGUGGGUCAGCCAUAACCUGCCAUGGUGGGCUUUAAGGUUUGUUUAAACGCUUACUGGUGAUUAUAUCCUCCUGAUUGGACCCAGUAGUAGUCAGUGACCCUGUAAGUGUUAUAAACCUGAACAUUUUUUAAAAGUCAUUAUUACUGAUGUUUUAAUGUCUAAGU